CCGGUAAAUCACGAUCGACCCGAGCCGGACAGGGGAUGGGCUCAAAUGUCAGAAAUCGUGAUAUGGGUCUGGUUACAGAAAGCCAGCGAGAAGACCAGCCAUGGGGAACGAGGAUGUACUGAGAUACAUAUCGCCAGGGGCUUGGAGCCUUGUCGAGCCUUUGAUCUCGUCGAGAGCGAAGGGUAUCAUCUCGACAUUAAUCACAUUUCUCGAGGAUGUAAUUCCAGCAGAACACUUGUACCACUCUCAGAUAUCCGAUGAUCCCGCCAAACGGUGGAAGACUGUCCCAUCAGUCUUGCCAAAACUCCAGCGCAGAGCGAAAGAUUUGGGCCUGUGGAAUCUUUGGCUGAGUGGAGGAGAGUUUCAAAAUCUAGCAGGAGGUCAAGGUGGAGGAUUGACUAAUCUGGAAUACGCCAUCAUGGCUGAAAUCAUGGGUCAUUCAUUGGUCAUCGCUCCUCAGGCUUGCAACUGCUCUGCUCCAGACACGGGCAACAUGGAGGUCCUGGCGCGAUUCGGAACGAAAGAUCAAAAGCAGAAGUAUUUGACUAGAUUACUGGACGGUACGAUCCGCAGCAGUUUUGCCAUGACGGAAUUUGGAAUUGCAUCCUCGGACGCUACGAAUCUUAAGAACACCAGCGCUCAAGCUUCCGGUUCGGGACUGAAACUGAUUGGACACAAAUGGUGGAUAUCGGGGGCCGGCGAUCCAAGGAACGAGAUACACAUCGUGCUGGCCGUGACCGAUCCGUCCAAUUCUUCUCCAUACAAGCGCCAUUCAUUGCUCUUGGUCGACCCUCGAGCUAAAGGCGUGGAGAUCGUGAGACCAAUGACUGUUUUCGGAUACGAUGAUGCCCCCGAAGGGCACUGCGAGGUGAAAUACAAUGGAGUGCAGGUGGACUUUGAGACGGGUGUUGUGGGUGGUAAAGCAGGUCUUGGCAGAGGAUUUGAGAUGAUUCAAGCUCGUUUGGGACCGGGAAGACUACACCAUUGCAUGCGAGCGGUCGGGGCCGCUUCGCGAGCGCUUGACUUGCUUCUCUUGCGUGCAACGGAUCCCGCUAGGAAGACGUUCGGCAAGCAAUUGAGAGGGCACGGGACGGUGCUGGCGGAUAUUGCACACUGUCGAGCAGAGAUUGAGCAGGCGAGGUUUCUCGUCCUGUCGGCAGCGAGACAGAUUGAUCUCAAUCGGGCGAAAGGGGCUCUCAAGGAAAUCGGAAUUUCCAAGUUCACGGUGCCUGGCGUCGCACUUCGAGUUCUUGAUCGAGCGAUGCAAGUAUACGGUGCGGAAGGCAUCUCCCAGGAUCAGCCUCUGGCAGCUAUGUAUGCGGGACUGCGAACGCUCAGAUACGCCGAUGGACCGGAUGAGGUGCAUAUACAGCAGAUUGGAAAGACCGAGUUGAAGAGGGUAGACGAGCUCCGAGAGAGGGCGGAGAGGAUAGCAAGAGUGCGAGCCAAGCUGUAGUCUUUGUUCGGAUUCGUAUCAUCCAUGUGAUA